AUGUUUACAUUUGGUCAUAAAAGCACCACCCCAUACAAAGUAAACAUAUCUAUCAACCUGACAUCCAUAGAUAUGGAAAUUGACACUGGUGCUUCAUUGUCUGUUAUUAGUGAAGCAACCUAUGUAGACUUGCACAGUGAAGGGAAAGUCCCACCCCUAGGAAAUACGGAUGUGAUUCUCCGUACAUACAUUGGGGAGGAAGUGAAGCUAAAAUGGUCCCUAGAGGUAACAGCAUCUUACGAUGGGAAAGAAUUCAAGUUAACUUUACUCGUAGUGGAAGGGAAGGGUCCAGUCCUUCUGGGGAGAAAUUGGCUGGAGAAAAUACGCCUGAAAUGACCUAUGAUUAAAAAGUUAACACCGAUAAAUCAGCAGUUAGAUGCAGGGUACUCACACCUGUUUGAAGAAGGUCUGGGAACCCUUAAAGGAGCCACAGCUAAGAUUCAUGUGAACCCAUUGGCCACACCUGUAUUUCUUAAAGCCAGACCGGUACCCUAUGCGUUGCGAGAAAAGAUUGAACAAGAUCUCGAACGGUUAGAAAAAGCAGGGACAGUUGAACCAGUCCAAUUUUCUGAAUGGGCUACCCCAAUAGUUCCAGUCAUUAAGCAAGAUGGGACGGUGAGAGUUUGUGGGGAUUAUAAACUCACAGUCAAUAAGGUUUCAAAAUUAGAUGCAUACUCAAUCCCCAAACUCGAUGACCUUUAUACAAAGCUUGCUGGGAGUAAGACCUUUACUGAAUUAGAUUUAAGUCAUGCAUACGAACAGAUGCUAGUAGAUGAGAAUUCCAAGGAAUUUUUAAUCAUCAACACCCACAAAGGUCUUUUCAGGUACAAUCGCCUCCCUUAUGGUGUGGCAUCAGCACUCGGUAUUUUUCAAAAAAUGAUGGAGGGACUUCUCCAUGGUAUACCACAUGUAGGUGUUUUGCUCGAUAACGUCCUCAUCACCGGUACCACAGAAGAAGAACACCUCAUGAAUAUUGAAGCAGUUUUGAAAUGUCUAUCGGAUCGAUGCUGGGUUACGACUUAA